AUGUCUGGAACAGAUGGCGCUCCGGCGCCGCCGAAACCUCGUCUGAAAAUCAACAUCAGCCGAUCGAACACCAGCACCGGGGAGUUCAGCGCGACGCCGACAGCGACAAAGGCGGCCGGGGCCACACCGACAGCAGCCAAGGCGACGCCAACCACAGCGACGCCGGGGGCCGGGGAUAUCCAGCGCAAGGUGAAGCUCAAGAUCAGCUCAUCGCAGCCGCCGACCCCAGCAGCAGCAACCGCCGCCGCGGCGGACGCGCCGCCCAGCAAGACCAAGGCCGGUCGACAGCCCAAGCCCACGCAGAAGCUGGUGGACAGCAAGAAGCGCGGUGGCGACGACGACGGCGAGGAAGAUAGCAGGCCGUUGGCGAAGCAGCACCACCGCGUGCACCCUGCGACCAAGAUCAAGAUCCGGCAUGCGCCCAAGCCAGGCGGCGGCGUGCUCAAGGGCUCCCACACGCAGCUGGUUGUCAAGCCGCGCGGACGACCGCCCGUGCACCCCCCCGGCGACGGGUACGACUCGGAGGCCAGCGACAGGGAGAUGGACCCGGCCAUCGAAGAGCAGAUUAUUCUGAGGAUGCUGCCCGGCGAGCACUGCGACUACGUGCGGCACUGCAUGGAGACGGGCAAGAUGGGCAUCUCGCGGGCCCAGGGCGGGGCGGACAUACAGCUCAAGUUCUUCGAGGAGGACACGCGGCGUGCCGUCCUGACGGUCAAGGGCCAGGCAUUCGCGGCCGUCCUGGUCGAUCUGCCCACCAUCACCGAGGCCAUGAAGACAUGGGACAAGAAGUCGCUCCUCAAGUCGGCCGACAUCUGCCAGAUGCUCCUCGUGCACGCCAGAGUCCAGAACGAGGACGAGGCCAAGAAGGUGCCCCUCCCGCCCAUGCUAGACUCCAACUUCCGAUGGCCGCACGGCCUGACGCCGCCCAUGCACGACGCCGUCAACCGCCGCUUCGCAAAGACCAUCUCCCGCAAGGAGAUUGAGGACAAGGAGGCCGAGGUGGAGCGUCUGCUGGCCGAGGACGCCAAGGCCGAGUCUACGCGGUGGGAAUGGGUCGAGGAGCGUAACCAGGAUGAGGACGACGAGGACGAGGACGAGGACGAGGACGUCGACAUGGAUGCCGAGGGUGAGGACGACGACAGCACGGCCUACUUUGGCGGCGCCGGUGCCGGUGCCGGUGCCGACAACAACGAGGCCGAUCUCGAGGCCGAUCUCGAAGCCGCCUUUGCCGACAGCUUCAUGGAGGGUGCCGGGACGCCAGCCACGGGAGCCGAAGCGGCCACCCCGCUCACCGUCACACAGGUCGCCACGCCGGGAGGAGGCGUCGUCCAGGAGAGUAUCGAGGCAGACGCUCUCUUUGGCGAUGACGACGACGACGACGACGACGACGAUGACGACGAUGACGACGACGAUGAUGACGACCUCGAUGACGACGAGCGUGCUCAGCGUGACGAGGAGCAGGGCGUCAAGGACAUUAUUGCCGACAUGAAGAAGUCUCUCAGCAACAAGCAGGCAGACCUGGCCAGGACGAACAAUGCCAUUCUGCGUUCGCGUAUCGAGAACCAGAUCAGGGAGAUCAAGUCGGAGAUUGAGCUCAAGAUGUCGUCUAUUGGUAUGGAGAUGGACGACUAG